AUGAGUGAAGUGGAGCAAGAACUUCACAACGCUCACCAGGAACGUGCAGCGGUUGCUCACGCCGGGCCACAGCAUAUGAAAGGUGUUGCUUUUCCGUUGGAUCGAAAUGCUGAGGAUGCAGUGCGGAAGCUAGCGAAGGGACAGUUGGCCCUUGUGCAGUUAUCGGUUGACACAUUGAAUGAAGCGAUAAAACUGGAAGCAACGGAAGAGACAUUGCCAGCAAGUAGGCUAGCCAGCAAGAAUUCCUCGAGAUAA